GCCUCCGCCGGAAGAAGAAGCGGAAGUGAGACCGCCUAUCCAGAGGAAGGCAAGUGUUUGGCUCCGGCGGCUGAGAAUCCCGCGCGGGGCUGGAGACAGGUAGCAGUACAGGGGCGGGGCUUCAUGACGGAAGUGGUAGUCCGCAGUUGUUUCGGUUGGCAUCUUAGCGGGUGGGAGAUGCGGCGGCCACCUGCUGCGAGGAACCGAAGGGAAGGUUAGAGGUACGAAGGCAGUUUGGAGCUGGGGCUGAGCAGCUGUCGCACAGUCAGAUCAUGAGCUCGACCAAGCACUGGGGUGAAUGGCUCCUUAACUUGAAGCUGGACCCCGCCGGCAUGUUUGGUGUGGCCUUUCUAGCCAGAGUCGCCUUGGUUUUCUAUGGGGUCUUCCAGGACCGGACCCUGCACGUGAGGUAUACGGACAUUGACUACCAGGUCUUCACCGAUGCCGCGCGCUUUGUCACGGAGGGGCGCUCGCCUUACCUGAGAGCCACGUACCGUUACACCCCGCUGCUGGGUUGGCUCCUCACUCCCAACAUCUACCUCAGCGAGCUCUUUGGAAAGUUUCUCUUCAUCAGCUGCGACCUCCUCACCGCUUUCCUCUUAUACCGCCUGCUGCUGCUGAAGGGGCUGGGGCGCCGCCAGGCUUGUGGCUACUGUGUCUUUUGGCUUCUUAACCCCCUGCCUAUGGCAGUAUCCAGUCGAGGUAAUGCGGACUCGAUUGUCGCCUCCCUGGUCCUGAUGGUCCUGUACUUGAUAAGGAAAAGAGUCGUCGCGUGUGCAGCUGUGUUCUAUGGUUUCGCGGUGCAUAUGAAGAUAUAUCCGGUGACUUAUAUCCUUCCCAUAACUCUCCACCUGCUUCCAGAUGGCGACAAUGACAAAAGCCUCCGUCAAUCCCGGUAUACUUUCCAGGCUCGUUUGUACGAGCUCCUGAAGAGGCUGUGUGAUCGGGCUGUGCUGCUGUUCCUAGCAGUUGCUGGACUCACGUUUUUUGCCCUGAGCUUUGGUUUUUACUAUGAGUACGGAUGGGAAUUUUUGGAGCACACCUAUUUUUAUCACCUGACUAGGCGGGAUAUCCGUCACAACUUUUCUCCAUACUUCUACAUGCUGUAUUUGACUGCAGAGAGCAAGUGGAGUUUUUCCCUGGGAAUUGCUGCAUUCCUGCCACAGUUCAUCUUGCUUUCAGUUGUGUCUUUCGCCUAUUACAGAGACCUCGUCUUUUGUUGUUUUCUUCAUACAUCCAUUUUUGUGACUUUUAACAAAGUCUGCACCUCCCAGUACUUUCUUUGGUACCUCUGCUUACUGCCUCUUGUGAUGCCACUAGUAAGAAUGACUUGGAAAAGAGCUGUAGUUCUCCUAAUGUUAUGGUUUAUAGGGCAGGCCCUAUGGCUGGCUCCUGCCUAUGUUCUUGAGUUUCAAGGAAAGAACACCUUUCUGUUUAUCUGGUUAGCUGGUUUGUUCUUCCUUCUUAUCAACUCCUCCAUCCUGAUUCAAAUUAUUUCCCAUUACAAAGAAGAACCCCUGACAGAGAGAAUCAAAUAUGACUAGUGUAUGUUCCACACCUUCUGCUACUGUGUUACAUUCUGAUUGUCUUGUAUGGACCAGAAGAGAGCUUUGGGACAUUUUUUCUGAACAUUAGUACCCAAACCCAGCAGAUGCAUACCGCUGCAAAAUAAAUGGAACUCAACACUGGCUCUGACAAGUGCAGUUCUCUCAGCUGUACCAAGUCACUGUCGUCUCCAAACUUCAAUGAUUCCAGACCUUUAACAACUCCCUUCCACAUCGAAACCCUCUCUCACCAAAUUGUGUAAUUUCUUUGUUUACUGCUGGCUUCAUCAUGCACUUUUCCUUCAUAGCCUGUUUUAAGAAGUUGAUUUGCUGAACCACUUUUUAGCCAAGCUAUUUGUAAAUCAAGCUACACAAAAUAUGUGGCCAUAAUUUCCAAAAGGCACAUGAUCAUUGUUAAAUUUCUCUUGUUCUGCAGUGUGCAUUCAUGCAGUUAAAAAUUGUCCUGCACUGAUAGUAUGGCAUUAGAGAAUAGACUCAGAUCACUUGGGUUCAAAUCCCAGUGCAUGAUCCUGAGCAAGAUUAUCAUAUCUAGAUACAUUAGUUUUUAUCUGUGAAAUGGGAAUGAUAGUAUAAUCUGCAUAAAAUUGUUGGUAAGGAUUAAGUGAGUUGAUAUGCUCAAAGUGUGCAUGCUGGCAUAGAACACGCCACUGAUUACAAGUCUUUAUAAAGAAGGAGCUGUUCUGGCACUGUAAACUUGAACCUUUUUUUUCCCCAAAUCUAAUGGAUAUAGGCAAGGAACUUGUAUUUAUAUAAAAUAAAUGUUUGACUACCUUUUAUCAUAAACUUUAUUCUCAUCUUGAUCUGGUCCUUUGAAAAGAUAAUAAAUACUGAUAUGUGAAAAA